AUGUUAUUUAAUUAUAUACUUUUCCUGUUAACAAAUUGUUUUGCUUUUCAGUCGUGGUUUCGAUAUGCUCGAGAAUUUAUGAACGUCUACAGUGAUAUGCCUCGUUUUCUGCUUAUGCACCAAAGUCUACUAUCUCACGACGACAUAAAUUUGGUGCAAGUGGAGGAUGAGCAUCUCGCACAAGUGCUCACGUCUAUGCAUAAGAGCGGUGAGCUGGACAACUCGUUAGUGAUUGUUAUGGCUGACCACGGCCAUCGUUUCGCUAAAUUGAGGGAAACCCAUCAAGGGCAACUCGAAGAGCGAUUGCCGUUUUUCUCUAUUGCAUUACCGGCGGCCUUCAGAGAAACGGCACACGGUAAAAAGAUGUACGAAAAUUUGAAAAAUAAUAAGGACAGGUGA